AUGUGUCCCAAAACCCCACACGGAGACUGUCCUCCCCAGGAAACAGCAUGUCACAUCAUUCCUUCAAUUGCCGGUAAGCGCGUAUUAAUAACCGGCUGCGCUUCAGGAAUUGGCAAGGCGACAGCCGAAGUCUUCGCCGCGCACGGUGUCCACCUAGUGAUAUGCGACAUCCAAGACGACGUGGGCCAAAGCGUAGCCUCAAGAAUUUCAUCCGAUAAUUCAGACUGCAAAGUCACUUACAUCCAUAUCGAUGCAGGCGUGCGAUUCCUCGGUGGGCUCGAUAGCUUGAUCCACGCAGCGGGUCACAUUCACCAAGACGUAGUGGAGAACAUUGGAGAGGAUGAACUGAGCCGCAUGCUUGAUGUGAAUAUCAAAGGUGCAGUGUUUAUGAGCCAGGCCGUCUUUCCGUAUCUCAAGACAAGAGGCGGGACGAUCAUCAACUUCGGCUCAGAUAUUGCGGCUGAGCCGUUGCCCUUGCUUGCGCACUAUGCCGCUUCAAAAAGUGCAGUGCAGAGCUUUACGAGAUCGAUCGCGCGGGAGUGGGGAGAAUAUGGGAUCGGUGCGAAUGCCGUGUUGCCUGCUGUUUGGACGCCCAUGAUAGAGGAUUACCGCAGAGGUCUUCAAGCAGAGAGUGUUCCUGGGCACGACCAUUACAUGAAUGACCGUGUUUGUCUUGAGGAAAAAUUCGGUGACGUUGAGGCUGAUCUGGUUCCUGUCAUUGCUUUUCUGGUGUCUGAUGCGUUGCGCUGGAUAACGGGGCAGCUGGUGCCUGUAAAUGGUGGGCUAUCACUUGUGCGCUAG